UGGUUUGUUUCUACAGGGACUCAAACAGUGUUGCACUGUUUCGGUUUGAUUUAUGACCUGUUGUUCUUUCUUAACGUCCAAGUUUAGUUACCGUAGAGUUUGCUAUCAGAUACUUCUGUAUAUUUCUUUUUUGUAACGUGACAUUGUCGGCUGUUGGACACGUUUUGUUUUACGAGCCUGAAGAUUUUCCAGUUGUUUGUUUAAGUUUUACGGAUGAGUCUGAAACACUGUCAGACGUUGGCCCCACUUUUAGGAGCCAUCUGUCAAAGGAAAAUAUGGGGACACCCGCUUCGGGUGAGUCUGGUGCAGAGAGGAUACUGCGACACUGCAAAAGAAGGAGAAAAGACAGGAAGAGUUACAGGGCAGACUGUGGUCUCAGAGCGAAAGGGGUCCGUGGUCACCGUGGCAAUAAACCGUCCCGAGGUGCGUAACGCGGUGAACCAGGAGACAGCAAGGCGUCUGCUGGAGGAGCUGGAGGCCUUUGAUGCAGAUCCAGCUCUCAAUGUGGCUGUCCUUCAUGGGAAAGGAGGGAAUUUCUGCGCUGGUUAUGAUCUGAAAGAGCUGGCCAAUCAAACAGCCUCCCUCAAAUUGGAGCAAGAUGUCACUAAGGGUCCUGGUCCGAUGGGUCCAUCCCGCCUGGAGCUGUCGAAGCCGCUGAUAGCUGCGGUCAGUGGCUUCGCUGUGGCUGGGGGCCUGGAACUGGCUUUACUGGCAGAUCUGAGGGUGGUGGAGGAGAGCGCCAUCAUGGGGGUAUUCUGUCGCAGGUUUGGAGUUCCCCUGAUUGAUGGAGGCACAGUGCGGCUCCCACGGCUCAUUGGUCUGUCCCGAGCCCUUGACCUGAUUCUGACCGGACGACCAAUCGGAGCCCAGGAAGCUCUUGCGUACGGACUGGCCAACAGAGUCGUUCCUGAUGGACAAGCUUUACAGUCAGCCCUGGAGCUAGCAGAGCAGAUCAGCUCCUUCCCCCAGCGGUGUUUGCGUGCUGACCGCUCCUCAGCCAUCUACAGCUCCUACGACGCUCCCUCCUUCACGCAGGCUAUGCAGUAUGAGAUCGACCGGGGAGUUCCUGUCAUCCUAUCAGAAGCUGUCGACGGGGCAACCAGGUUCACCUCUGGAACAGGAAGAGGAGGAAAAUUCUAGAAGCUAUAGUUAGCAGAGGGCUUUCAGGUGAACUAAAGCUAAAUGUACACCUCAGUCAUCUCAACAACGUGGAACAGACACGGUUCAUUUCUCUGUUGGGAACUGAUCGUUUCAACAUUGAUAAAUCUGAUUGAUUAGUGCUCAGAUCAUCUCAGCCAAGCUUGUUAGUCCGCUGGUGUACUCACACAUAAAGUAGGCCUUGCUGUUCUUUGGAAUAAACUUAAUCCAGAGGUCCUAUGUCACUCCAGCAUCUUUUUUUAUACUCAAAGUAAUUGACAGUUAAGAUAGAUAAUUAGUCAAUUGUAAUUGGGUGUGAUAAUGGACUAUGUGCAAUAAAUGAGUAAAUUAAGAUCAGUGAAGAGUGUAUCAUCACUGGUUAAGGACUUGAACCUCAGAGUUCUCAGAGUUUAGGACUUGAGCUUGACCUUCACUAUCACUGAUUCUUGGGAAUUUGGAUAAAACAGGUUUUAAUUUUGAAAAAAAAAAAAAAAAAAGUGAGUUAAA